GGCUCGGGGAGCGGAACCCGUAGUGCGCUCAGAGCCGCUCGCCCGGACCCUGAAUCCCGGGCACCGGCGCGCACGAGGACGCGGCUCUCCGCGGGCUUCCGGGCGCCCCCAGCCCCGCCGCCGCCGUCGGGCUGCGAUUCCCGGAGUCGCCGCGGUCGCCGCCGCCAUGGGCAUCCUGGAGAAGAUCUCGGAGAUCGAGAAGGAGAUCGCUCGCACGCAGAAGAACAAGGCCACUGAGUAUCACCUGGGCCUGCUGAAAGCAAAACUCGCCAAGUACCGGGCCCAGCUCCUGGAGCCGUCCAAGUCGGCCUCGUCCAAGGGAGAGGGCUUUGACGUUAUGAAGUCGGGCGAUGCCCGGGUGGCGCUCAUUGGAUUUCCCUCUGUGGGUAAGUCCACCUUCCUGAGCUUAAUGACCUCCACGGCCAGCGAAGCCGCCUCCUAUGAGUUCACGACCCUGACGUGCAUCCCUGGGGUCAUCGAAUACAAAGGAGCCAACAUCCAGCUUCUGGACCUUCCCGGAAUCAUCGAAGGCGCGGCCCAAGGGAAAGGCCGCGGCCGGCAGGUGAUCGCCGUGGCCCGCACCGCGGACGUCGUCAUCAUGAUGCUGGACGCCACCAAGGGCGAGGUGCAGAGGUCUCUGCUGGAGAAGGAGCUGGAGUCGGUGGGCAUCCGCCUCAACAAGCACAAGCCCAACAUCUACUUCAAGCCCAGGAAAGGCGGCGGCAUCUCCUUUAACUCCACCGUCACGCUGACCCAGUGCUCGGAGAAGCUGGUGCAGCUCGUCCUGCACGAGUACAAGAUUUUCAACGCAGAAGUGCUCUUCCGAGAGGACUGCUCCCCGGAUGAGUUCAUCGACGUGAUUGUGGGCAACCGUGUGUACAUGCCCUGCUUGUAUGUCUACAACAAGAUCGACCAGAUCUCCAUGGAAGAGGUUGACCGCCUGGCCCGGAGGCCCAACAGUGUGGUCAUCAGCUGCGGGAUGAAGCUGAACCUGGACUACCUGCUGGAGAUGCUCUGGGAGUACCUGGCCCUCACCUGCAUCUACACCAAGAAGAGGGGGCAGAGGCCCGACUUCACGGACGCCAUCAUUCUCCGGAAAGGGGCCUCCGUGGAGCACGUGUGCCACCGGAUCCACCGGUCGCUUGCCAGCCAGUUCAAGUACGCCCUGGUGUGGGGCACCAGCACCAAGUACAGCCCACAGCGGGUGGGCCUGACCCACACCGUGGAGCACGAGGACGUCAUCCAGAUUGUCAAGAAGUAGUGCCCGCCGGCUGCCCACCCGCCCAGCCACCUCCUGGGGAGUCGGGCCCACCAGGCCCCACCAACCCCAGUCAGGAAAAUACAAACACACCCCAGGAAAGGGGCCUUCAAGUCUGCUGUUUCCAGAAGUUUCUUUGGUAGGCAGAUGACGCAGUGUUGGGACGGAGGGGUCAAGGUGGGGGCUGGGCUCAGCUAGGGGCAUUUCCUGUGGCCCCCGAGUGGGGGUUCUGAGUUCGGAGCCCUGGGCAGAUGCUGAGCGUGAGGGCAGGGAGCCUGGCCUGCCUGGGUCCCUGGGGGCAUCCGAUUCCCUCAGCACCUGCCAGUUUCUCUGCCUCCAGCGGGAGGGGGCACAUCCCAGGAUGCGACUCCUACGCCCCUGUCCCCGGGGUGUCCCUGGAGGAAGCCGGGCAGUCGGUGACUUCAGAGGCCGAGUCACACCCUCCCAGCCUGAGCGGUGUCCUGAAGUGCCUACUGGGCAGCCCUGCCCACCUGGGGUGGGGGCUUGGGAUUUGGGUUCCCUGUUUGCUCUCCAGGCCCCUGAUCUCUUGGCUCUUUGUGAAAUAAAGGAUGGAAAUGUUUCCUGUUCAGACUGA